AUGGCGAUGUCGGAAGCUCUUCCGCAGACUCUCAAGUCCAUCACAGCGGUCAAGAUCCAGGAGAUUGUCAAGCAGCGCAGUCUCUUUGAUCAACAAAAAGCAGAGAUUCUCGCAGCGGCCGAGGCGGCCCCCGAUCUCCGCACUCGGGCUCACGCGCUGCUAGAUGGUCUCUCCCGCUUGAAGGGAUACCCCAAGGAUUCUCUAGACAGCGAUGACAUGGACCUGGAUAUCGACGAGGAAGGGGAUCACGACGUCGACAAUGCCGAGCUCAAAUCCCCAGGAAUGGGCCAACUCCUCCAAGUAGAUCACACCAACAUCCGCCGCUUCUUCCUUCAGGGCCGCUACGAUCCCUCAAUUUCGGAAACUGUGCUGAAUGAGUGGAUCUCACGCCUAGAGACAGACAUGCGGUUCCUGGAACGUCAGCACGAUCAUGCGUCCUUCUACAGCAAACUCGUGACGGAGUGGCUGUCUAGCCUGGACGAGAGCACAGCGAACAGUGACAAACUACUUGGGGAUGAUGCGCCCUCCGCCCAGUCGCAAGAUAGCUUCGAGAAGGUGGGCCGAGCCGAAAUGCACGAGCAGCGUGCGCAAUGGGAGUCCUUGGUCUUUCAGGAUGACUCUCAAGCCGACGCAGCCUCAAUCGAAGCUUAUCUCGACGGGCUUUUCAAAUUCAGUCAAUUGACUCGUGAGUCCCUGAAGAAAAUUCGUGAGUCAAUGCAGAAGUUUGGCAACGAGAUGUCAACCAAGGGAGAGUGGUUGACUGCAACGGAUCUCAAAUGGGUGUCGAAGGCCGUUUUAAAGGGAGACCAGUUGAUGUCCGCCAAAUCGGCCAUCCUGAAAGAGUUCAUGCGCAAUGAAGAAGUGUUGCAGGAAGUAGCUGACGUUAUCAACAUGCGCCUCGCCUCUCUCGAGACCUGGUCCUGGGGCGAAGCGGGUAUUCCGGUGGAAAUGCGGCGUCAACUCAACGGUAAAUACCGUGUCUUCAUGGAUGCAGAACUUCUCGACAGUCUGAUGUUUCAGUACUUGGGGACGAAAUGGGCUGUCAAGUUUCGACAGGCGUUUGUGGCGUUUUACGAAUCUCACGCGUGGGCCUCGGAAGACCAGCCUAUUCCCAACAUGAAGGAACAUCUCGAGAGACGGCAAUACUUCCUGGGAGACGCUGGCCAGGCCCUUGGGAAAAGCAUCGCCGGGGCACGCAGAGCGAAAUACAAGAGCGAGUAUUUUAUGAGUCAGCUGCCCCGCAGCAUAGACGAAGGUUUCCGAAGCUACGAUGACAAUCAGCAACAAAAAACUGCGCUGGACUCGAAGCAUUCUCUCCUUCACAUGCUCAUCACGGAGUCACUGCUACAGAAAGAUCGCCAUGGACAAUUCACCGCGAUCAGGUCUGACUUCCAAUGGUUUGGGCCCUCACUACCCCACAAUACCAUUCUCACCGUGCUAAAGUACUUUGGGGUCCCUGAGACGUGGCUGAAUUUCUUCAAAACCUUCCUCGAGGUUCCUCUCAGUUUUGUGCACGACGGUUCAGCCGCGACUACUCGCGUGCGCAAACGUGGCGUUCCAAUGAGUCAAACCCUCUCCGAUGUCUUUGGAGAGUCAGUCCUUUUCUGCAUGGAUUACGCGGUCAAUCAACAUACCAAUGGCGGAAUCCUGUACCGGCUGCAUGAUGACUUUUGGUUCUGGGGUGCCGAGAAGCAGUGUGAAGUCGCAUGGCGGUCGAUGACCGAGUUCGCCAAGGUGAUGGGCUUGCAGUUCAACAUGGAAAAGACGGGAACUGUCCGGAUGGGCGACAUCAAGCCCCGAGAGGACUCUCUCCUCCCCAAGGGUGACAUUCGUUGGGGGUUCCUGGUCCUUGAUGCUGAACAAGGAAGAUUUGUCAUCGAUCAGGCACAGGUGGACUUGCAUAUUGAGGAACUGGACCGACAGCUGUCUGCCUGCAAUUCCAUCUUCACCUGGGUACAGGCAUGGAACGGUUAUUUUGGACGGUUCUUUACCAACAACUUUGCUCGGCCUGCGAUGUGUUUUGGACGUGACCAUAUCGACAUGGUUGUGUCGACACUCGGUCGCAUUGAGCGCACUCUGUUCGCCAAGUAUCCCAAGUAUGCCAUGGCGGAUGAACCCGGCAUGACCAAUUACUUGCGAGCGGUGAUUUCUCGCAGAUUUGGUGUUCACAAUUUGCCCGAGGGAGUCUUUUACUAUCCAGUCGAACUGGGUGGUCUUGGCCUGCUGAACCCGUACGUCAGACUGCUGGCCAUGCGUGAAAACAUCAAACAGACACCACAGCGACUUCUCAAGAAGGCUCUAAUUGGUGAGGAAAUUCAAUACCGCACGUACAAAACACGUUACCAAGCUCGCGGUCCAACUCCCACGAAGACGAUCAAGGCCAAGGGUGGUGAACCGGUGACGUUCAUGCCCUUUGAGGAAUACAUGCAGUACCCCGAGCGAUACAGUUCUCACUUCAUGGCCGCAUACGAGGAACUGGGACGGGUGCCGGACGAAAAGGGCAUCGAUGCAACGGCCAGCUUCAUCAAGAACCAGAUGGGACUCAAGCUCAGCAAGUGUUCGAUCAGCCCGAGUUGGGAUAAGAUGACUCCCUACUGGCGCUGGGUGGCAGAGUUGUACCAUGACGAGAUGGUGCAUUAUUAUGGAAGUUUGGCGGCUGUGAACCGAGAACUGAUGCCUUUGGGGGUGGUCAAGACCUUGAAGGAUGGCCGCUUCCGAUGGCAAGGUUGA